UUGCAUCAUGGUAAUCUGAAAACAGUGGCUCUAGGUUAGCUAGCCUGUAGAGUUAAAGAUGUCUAAAUGCUUGCAGCAAGCGUGGAGGGUACUCCACCAACCCAGAGUCUAUUUCACAGUGGAGCCAGUCCUUCUAGUCUUCAUGUUUGCUCAGUUCCUCUCGUACUCAGCCCUGCAAGUGUUUCUCCACACUAGGAUUUGUGAUGGCAAUGCCAAUUGUACAAUAAGGCACACAAACAGCACACCAUGCAGCAACAUAUCAGAUUCGGUGCAAGAGCAGCUACAAGAAGAUACCUCACAUUGGAUAUUGUAUAUCAACGUUGUAACUGGAUUGCCCACGGUUCUCCUGUCAGUAAUCUAUGGCAGUACUUCUGACAUUGUUGGGAGAAGGCUAUUCAUUGCACUUCCUACAGUGGGUGCACUCUUGAACACAGCUGUUAUUCUAUUGGUCAUUUACAUCCCAAGCACACCCCUUUACGUUCUUCUAGUAGGGGCUUUAUGCACCGGUGUCUAUGGCAACUACUCCGUCUUGAAUUUUGCAGCCUACUCAUACGUUUCAGAUGUGAGUGCUAGUCCGGGAAGAACUCGACAAAUUGGGAUACUGGAAUCAAUGACAUAUCUCGGAGCAACUCUUAGUCUGUUAAUAGGCGGAGUGUGGGCACAGAAAACAGAUUCGUUUUUGGGCCCGUUUUGGUGCAUUUUUGGCUGUUACAUUUGUGUGCUGUUGUAUACAACAGUUGCUCUACCAGAAUCCCUCCACCUCAACACACAUAGCAACAGGAGGUCUCGCUUGAGUGGACAGGUGCAAUACUACCAUGGCAACAACUAUAACAGCAAGCUACGGAAAUGUGGUCGUCAUAUGAAAGCAGUAGGAGUCAAUUUGCUGCAAUUCUUAAAACUUCUCUUCACCAACUGGAAACUAGCUGUAUUAAUUAUAACCUUUUUUGUUGUUGAGAUUAAUUUUCUUGGGAUUACAGAUGUAGUCAUUAUUUAUUCGCUUGGAAAACCGCUCUGCUGGAACUUUGAUCUGGUUGGCUAUUUUCUCGCGGCAAAAGUGCUCAUGAACGGUGCUGCCUGUCUAUUGAUUCUCCCUAUUCUGGCGUACUUUAAGGUACACGAUAGUAUCAUUGUCCUAGUCGGUCUAAUAUCAGGUGCUGCUGCAUUGGUUACCAUGGGAGUAGCCACCCAGAACUGGACCAUGUACAUUGUGCCUGUGAUAGGAGCCCUAAGGGGAUGUGUGGUGCCUUGCCUGAGGUCCAUGCUCUCAAAAGUAGUUACAAGUGAAAAACUGGGAGUGAUGUUCUCUGGUGUUAGUGUAAUCGAGGCCGUGUGCACCCUACUAGCAUCAGUGAUCUACAACGCCCUGUUCCCAAUCACCGUGAAAAUCCAUCCCGGACUCUGUUUCUUUAUCAUGGCCGCCUCCCUCGUCGUUCCAUUCAUUCUCAUCUUGUCAUUGCACCUGGCUCGAAAUAAGCCUGCGAGUUGCUGCUCUCAUGUAAAUGUUACCCAUGGUAACCAGGAGAGGGUGGAAAGAAAGCCACUGCUGGCCACUAACUAAUAAACUUUUGAAUCUACACUCAACUCUAUUUAUCACAAUGCGAAUUCCUGCACUUGCAGUUUUCUGAAUCUGUUUCUUCUUGAGUUUUG